CACUAGAGAGCUUUUAUCCUUCCCCAUUACCAGUCCCCACAAAAUAUAAACAAAAUGACAGCUAUUGUCACCCUCCCCUCCUUCCUUUCUCUCCUCUUCUUCAUCCUUUUGCUAUCCUCCAACCCCCUCCCCGUCUCCUCUAUCGUCUGCAACCAUGAUGACAAGAAAGUCCUGCUCAGCAUCAAGGCCGCCUUCAGUAACAGCAACCACUUCGCAUCCUGGACGGACGAGUCCAGCUGCUGCGAAUGGUCCAACGUCGUCUGCGAUGGCGAGAGCGGCCGCGUCAUGGAACUCAACUUCUUCGAUGCCGACUUCCACGGCAGCAUUCCCGACGCCAUCGGCGACCUCUCUUACAUCCAUAGCAUCGUCUUCUACAAGCUUCCCAACGUCGUAGGCCCCCUCCCCUCCGCCAUCUCCAAGCUCAAGAACUUGGUAUACCUCGCCAUCAGAGAGACCAACAUCUCCGGCCCCGUCCCCGACUUCCUUUCCGAACUCACCGCCCUCAACCAGCUCGACCUCUCCUUCAACCGGCUCUCCGGCUCCAUCCCCGCCUCCCUCGGCGACCUCCGCAGUCUCACCUCCCUCGACCUCAGCGGCAAUCAGCUCUCUGGCACCAUCCCGCCCUCACUCUUCCAGAAAAAUUCCACCACCGAGCCGCCGUCUCUCCGGCUCGCGCACAAUCAUCUGACCGGCGAGAUCCCGCCGGCUUUUGGGAAGGUGGGCUUCUUCGAGAUCGACUUGUCGCAGAACCAGCUCACCGGGGACGGCUCGUUCCUCUUCGGCCGAUCCAAGCCGACAGGCACGAUCGAUUUGUCGAGGAACCAGUUCGAGUUUGAUCUGACGCACGUCGAGUUCCCUGAGGCCAUGAACACGGUGAAACUAAACGAGAACAAGAUCCACGGGAGCAUUCCAGCCCAGAUAACGAAGCUGGGGAGCCUCCGGUCCUUCAACGUAAGUCAUAAUGAUUUGUGUGGAGAGAUUCCUUGUGGGGGGGAAAUGGGGCGGUUCGACGAGUCCUGUUACCUUCACAACAAGUGUCUUUGCGGAAAGCCUCUCCCGCCUUGCAAGUGAGACCGGGGAUGGCAUGGACUCAAUAAUUCGUACGUAAUUGUGCUCGAGCCAUGGGUUAUGUAUGUGGGAUGAGGUUGUUACGAGCGAAGAUGGGAAAGGCUGGUUUAAGAAUAAGCAGCAAGUAUAUGUGACAAGAUUUCCGACAUUUACAAAGUUUUAAUGAAGAAUCUAAUGUCUAAUUAACCGUUGAGUGAGCCAGGAGGAGAUUGACUGCUGCUGUGCGUGGUCUUUUUUCCAAGUCUUGAUUGUGAUGUUUUUAUGGGCAAUUAUAACAAGAUAGCAUUCUCGUG